CUGAGGAAACAGACACCGUGGAGUAAAGUAGAGUAGAAGUUCGACAGAAGUCCUGCUAUAUCUCCUAAAUACAGACAAGAUGGAAAACGCAUCUAUCGACAGUUUAAUUCUGAAGCUCCACGAUGUGGACGCGGUGAAGUUCGGGGAGUACAAGCUGAAGAGCGGCAUGAUGACACCCAUUUAUAUUGACCUCAGGGUGCUCGUGUCCCACCCUGCGCUCAUGAACCAGGUUUCAAGUCUCAUCUACGAGCGAGUGCAAGAAGAGGGGCUUCAGUUUGACUCUGUGUGCGGGGUCCCAUACACAGCCCUGCCUAUGGCCACAAUCAUCUGUUCCAGACAUGAACUGCCUAUGCUCAUCAGGCGAAAGGAGGCCAAGGACUAUGGAACCAAGCGUCUGGUGGAGGGCUCAUUUCGGGAGGGGGAUAUAUGUCUGAUUAUUGAAGACACUGUGACCAGCGGCAGCAGCAUCCAGGAGACCGCUGAAGUGCUCUACGCAGGGGGUCUGAAGGUGACGGAUGCCGUGGUGCUGAUGAACAGAGAGCAGGGCGGUGUGGAGAUGUUGGCUUCUAAGGGCAUUCGGCUCCAUUCCAUCAUCUCCAUGUUCAAGCUGCUCAACGUGCUGCUGGCAGCCGAGCGCAUCGACGCCAAAACAGCGCAGAGCGUCCGCGAGUUCAUCCUGGACAACAACACUUUCAGCCCCAAGAAGGAGAACAACAAUGGAGUUUCUGCGACCAAAAAGCUGUGUUUGGAGCAGAAGACGGAGCUGAGCUACGCAGAGAGAGCCAAACUACCAAACGUCCACCCUCUGGCGGCGAAGCUGCUGAACAUCAUGGAGGAGAAGAGCUCCAACCUGUGUGUGUCCUUAGACCUGACAAGCAGCGAGGAGCUCCUGCAGCUCGCAGACUCCCUGGGCCCCCUCGUCUGCAUCCUGAAGACCCACGUAGACAUCCUGAAGGACUACACAGCGGAUUUCAAUCAGAAACUGCAGGCUCUGGCUGAGAAACACAACUUCCUCAUCUUCGAAGAUCGCAAGUUCGCUGACAUUGGAAACACAGUCAAGCAUCAGUAUGAUGGUGGGGUGUACCAGAUUUCAUCCUGGUCCCACAUAGUGAAUGCCCACGUGGUGCCGGGCCCCGGGGUGGUGCAGGGCCUCGGUGCUGUAGGGAAGCCUCUGGGCCGUGGCUGCUUGCUCAUAGCACAGAUGAGCUCCCAGGGAUCUCUGGCUACUGGGGAGUACACCCAGGCUGCGCUGAAGAUGGCCGAGGACCACUCAGACUUUGUGAUUGGCUUCAUCUGUGGCUCUAAGAUCACAAAGAGGCCAGAGUUCAUCCACAUGACCCCCGGGGUGCAGAUGAAGGCUGGAGGUGAUGGGUUGGGCCAGCAGUACACCACGCCAGAGGAAGUCCUCUGCAACAAAGGCUCUGAUGUCAUCAUCGUGGGCCGCGGUAUCCUGGAGGCCCCUGAUAGGCGGACAGCCGCUGAAUCAUACAGGAAGUGCGGCUGGAAGGCGUACACAAAGAGACUUGGCCAGAGCGGCCAAUAGGAGUUAGGGAGGCAUCAAUAUGUCUUAUUUUUAACUUAACCUGCCGCAAUUAAGGAACUCUGUGGGAAGACCUUCUCUUUUUCAUUUCCGAGGAACACCAGGGUGCACUAAUUGUAUACAUGGAAACAUAUGUAGACUUUUGCAGGACGUACCUGGCUGCUGUGGGGAUUUGGACACUUUACUUUGGAGCUAAUGUUAAUGCACUCUUUUGAUUCUGUCCUAUUUUCAUUAUGCUGCUUUACCGGUGUUCUUCUGAUUCCUUCCUAUGAAUAAACUGCAAAUCUCGGGUCAGGUAUAAACGUAUUUGGGGAAAUGUUUCAGUAUUAUCAGGUGCAUUAUUUAGAAUAGGUACGUUUUGCUUGCUGUUGUACUCCCAAUUUCCCUUUGGCUUUGAACACUUAAAUUAAUUAAUUUCACAGGUCAACUUAAAAAUGAUGGCUUUUGAUUUGCCUAAUUGAUUGAAAUACCCUAUUUUUGACAACUUGUGGUCCAUUUGAACAGUGUUUGAUAUUUAUUUUACGACCUGUUCCAAUGAUACACGUCUGGACUAUCAGAUUGUUUAAAUUACAAGAUGAGAGAAGGCCUAAUACGGUCUAGUUAUUCUAGACAAUUUGAUGGAGUCCUAUGUUUGCCGUCCAUAUUGUGUAACUUACUGAGGUGACAUCCAUUUUUUUGUCCAAAGAGAUAAAAAUUCAGUUAGCGUGAAUGAUCCCAGUUGUUCUGCAUUGUUUAUUGUCCGUCUCUAAAAAGAAAGUUAAAAAACAAGUUCUGUUAAUUAAAGAGAUCAUUGUUUUCCAUUUGUGACACCAACAUUUAAACGUUUUGUAAAUGUGUCCUAGAGCCACGACAGUUGUGCUGUCAUUAGGCCUACAUGCAGGGAGAUGGUUUUCUUGAUUUAAUGGUUACAUUUAAAGUUUCUUAUACAUUGAUACCUGGUUUGGCUUUUUCCCUCCAUGUACUUUCAUAUGACUAAAAGAAGCAAUAAAAUGUCUUAAGUAUUACGGAAUAUUUCCAAUAAACAUUGUGUUGAAAAACCUUU